AUGUCAGGUCGUAUGACAAUGGAUAUCAGACCAGAUAUGGAUAGUCAUUAUAGAAAUGCUAUUACUAUGGAAUCUUUUCCUGACGAGGAGAUUCCACGAGCGUUAGCUGCUGCUCAGAAAAGUGUCGGAAAUUUAGGAGGAUCUGGUCAUUAUCGAGGCGACGACCGAGAAGUGACUGCUGGUGGUCCGAGAAAUGAAAUGGAUAGGGAAGCACUAGUGAAAGUUCUAGCACUGAUCGGUAAUCGCGCAUCAAAAGUCAAUUUCAAAUUUCGUGCUGAUCAAAACUUGCGUGUCGAUGUCAAUUGUUGGAUGGUUCAAUUCAAGAGUGCAUUGCAAAGUGCCGGUGGAAACGGCAAUUACUAUUUUUCUAUGGGAAGAACUCCUCUUUUCAAUCGAGAUUCUCCAAAAAUAAGUGUGUCCGUCGAACAACUUUCAUCAAAAGACCAACACGUCUAUUCGUCUGAAGAAUUGACCAGCGAGCUUGUGGACUGCCAUGAUCAAGAAAACUGGAGUCCAGUAUCUCACACCUAUCCGCAGCCUCAAAAGCAGCAAGUGAAGUUCCAGCGCACCGAUGGAGAAUUCAUCCGAUUGAAUGUUACGAUUGUCGGCCCUCGACCUCCAUAUUAG